UUGUCAGUCAGUUUUUUUUUUUAAGUUUAAUAGGAUUUGCAAAUGUGCGAAUUCUGCUUAAAUUCGAGUUCUAUUUCCAUUUUCUUGUUCUUUUAAAUCAAAUAAAAACUACAAUGGAUGAUGCAUCGCAGAAACUUAUCGAAGACUGCUUCCUGCGGCCCAUAUCCGAAGUUAGAUCCACGAACACAGUAGAAGAUCCACAUACUUCUAAAACUGUUAUGAAAACAGAACUUCAAGUGCUACGACUUGACGAUGAAUCACAGAAACUCAUAAUGGAAACCUUACGCUUUAUUUAUGGCGAUGAUUUCAAAUUGAACGAUUCGUCACAGUAUAAGGAUAGAGGCUCAAAAAUGAAAAAGAGCUACUGGGAAGAUCGGGGCUCUCUUGUUGUCCAGAGCAUUUCAAAUUUCUCCGCUCAGGAUGGAAAAUGUGAUGAUCCUCUGGAUCGGUUGCAGCGAUUCGCCAUUGUAAAGCUCGAAAAUUAUGGCUUCCCGGAAUCACAUUGUGUUGAGGCACUGCAGCACUGUGAAUGGAACAGCGAUGAGGCUUUGAUUCUGCUAUAUACCAAAUACAUGAGAGUGUGUAAGGAUAAGUCAGCAGACCAAGAACCAACAGAAUCAAGCAAAGCAUCCCUAUUAGAGACGUUAGAGGACGAGAAGCUUGUCCUUGAGUCAAUAUAUGAGAAUGCUUUUCAGGAGAAAGAAAAAAAUCAAAUCUGGAGCUUGAAGUUUGAAAUAAACCACCUCCUUGUUCACAGUCCCUCGGAAGAGAAAAAGAUAAAGAAGGCAAAUGAAGCUCUGUUGUUGCGCAGCAAAGAGGCAAAGUCAAAACCAAAAUGCAAGAACUUCGCCAGAGGGCACUGUAAGUUUGAGUCCAAAUGUCGAUUUUCACAUGUGCUUGACGAAGAUCGUUCUGACAGCCGAAAUGGAAAGACGGAGGAGGCGGAGGAGAAAUGGUUCUUUCUUGAAAUCAGGUUUCCCAAAAACAGUGCCUAUCCGAAUGAAGCUCCAUUCAUAUUUCUGAAAACCACCUUACACGAUAUUCCUCGAGACAUUUUGUUGAAAAUAUCCCGAAAGCUUUACAAGGAGGCAGUGGAUAUGACCAGAGAUGGAGUACCAUGCGUGUAUACCAUCUCUCAGCUGCUUUUGGAUGAGAAUAUGUCACAAAGUAUAAAAGACGACCACCAGCCUUUUCCGAAUUCAGAGAAAUCCCUCUUUGCCACUGAUGCCUCCACGAAGAGCGAAAACUCUAGUGACCCCUCAAAGCCACUGCCAACUCACUACGAAAAAGGUCAAUUGGGCAAAUCCGACGGUUCCAACUUAUCCGCUCAGCAAAUUCUUCGCGAAGACAAAGAGUUAAUUCGAAAGUUCAUCGAGAAACAGACAAAUGACAAAUACAAGAAGAUGUUAUCUGCCAGACAGAGUCUUCCCGCCUUCUCCAAGAUGACCGAAAUUCUCAAUCAGAUUGCCUCAAGCCAAGUGCUGGUUAUUUCCGGUGAGACGGGGUGCGGUAAGAGUACGCAGGUACCUCAGUUUAUUCUGGACAAUUGGUUGUAUGAGUCUUCAAAACUAGAAGGAAAGGAAACUCCAUCACAUGUGGAGAUAGUCUGCACCCAACCCAGACGUCUGUCAGCAAUUGGAGUGGCUGAGCGUGUUGCUAACGAAAGAGCGGAACGGGUGGGUCAGUCGGUGGGAUAUCAGAUUCGAAUGGAAAACAAAAUGUCGUCGGCAACGCGCUUGCUCUUUUGCACAACGGGUAUUCUGCUGAGACGUCUUGCUUCAGAUCCACACCUCUCAUCCGUUAGCCACAUAAUCGUAGAUGAAGUGCACGAGCGAAGCGAAGAAUCAGACUUCCUUCUGCUCAUUCUCAAGCGAACUCUCAAACGACGAAAAGAUCUAAAGGUUAUCCUCAUGUCCGCCACCCUGAAUGCUAACUUGUUUUCAGAAUACUUUGGUGGAGCACCGGUUCUGUCUAUUCCCGGGCGAACUUUCGACGUCGAACAACUGUUUCUGGAGGAUAUUUUGGAUGUGAGUGACUACGUCAUGGAGUUCGACUCUCAGUACUGCCGAAAAAUAAAGAAAAAAGAGGAGUCCGAGAUUAUGCGAGAAUUGGAGAACUUCGACGUCCAGGCAAUGUCCGAACCACCACCAAGGAACAUCAAAGAUGAAAACCUUAACUUGAGCGCUAUAUACGCUCGAUAUUCCAACUACUCGAGGAAAACUUGCAAAACAAUUUACCUCUCCGAGCCAAUGAAGAUCAAUCCGGAGCUAAUAGAAGGAGUUCUGAAGUACAUCGUUGAGGGUGAUCACGAUUGGCCAAGGAAGGGUUCAAUACUAAUUUUCCUCCCUGGAUUGCAAGAGAUUCAACUUGUGCAUGAAGCUCUCUCCAGCAACGUCUUAUUUGGCCCCAAAUCUGGACAAUUUAUACUCGUACCUCUUCAUUCGACACUGACGAGUGAAGAACAAUCCUUAGUCUUCCGUCCAGCACCAGUGGGUAAACGAAAAAUUGUUCUGAGCACAAAUAUCGCCGAGACCUCGGUAACUAUCGAUGAUUGCGUAUUUGUUGUGGAUUGCGGCAUGAUGAAGGAAAAACGUUUCGACUCCAAUAGAAAUAUGGAAUCAUUGGAUAUGGUUUGGGAAUCCCGCGCAAAUGCCAUGCAGAGGAAAGGUCGAGCUGGAAGAGUCAUGCCAGGCGUGUGUAUACAUCUUUUUACGAGUCAUCGAUUUGCGAAUAACUUCCUUAAACAACCUGUGCCUGAAAUACAUCGAAUACCACUGGAGCAGCUUGUGUUGCGAAUUAAAAUUCUGCCUCAAUUCGACGGAUUAAAAGUCCUAGAAGUUCUGGGUGAAACUUUGGAACCUCCAACCGAAGAAAAUAUCAUUUCUGCUGUGACAAGGCUUCAAAAUGUUGGGGCUCUAGAUGAAGAACAGACAUUAACUGCCUUAGGUCAUCAUUUGUCUGCACUUCCUGUGGAUGUUCGAAUUGGAAAACUUAUGCUGUUCGGUGUUAUAUUCCAAUGUCUGGAUAGUGUCCUUACGAUAGCUGCCUGUUUGAGUCAUAAGUCUCCAUUUGUAUCGCCUUUUGAAAAGAGAAACGAAGCAAACAGGAAAAAACGAGAUUUUGCUAUCUGUAAUAGUGAUCAUUUGACAUGUCUACAAGCUUAUAAGAAAUGGCUUGAAGUUUCUGCUAGAAGUCGACACGCUGGACGAAACUUCAUCGAUGAAAACUUUCUCUCCAUGAACUGUUUGCAGACGAUAGCAGAGCUGAAAUAUCAAUUCUUGGAGCUCCUAGUUUCCAUCGGGUUUGUGCCGAUCGAUGUGCCACGAAGGCGAAAAAAUGCCGAGGACAAUAUCCUCGGACUUACUGGUCAUGCUUUAAACGUAAACGGUGAAAAUAAUAGGUUGCUUAUUUCACUUCUUGCGGCAGCCCUAUACCCGAAUAUUGUGAAAAUCCUAACUCCUGAAAAAACCUACAUCCAAACAGCAGGUGGGGCCAUGCCAAAGACAUCGAAUUCGCGAGAACUUCGUUUCAAAACUCGACUAGAUGGCUAUGUUUCAAUACACCCAAGUUCCGUUAACUCGGAUGUGGGUAACUACCAAUCGCCAUUUUUGGUAUUUCACGAAAAGAUCAAAACUUCGAAAAUCUACAUCAGGGAAUGCUCAAUGGUUCCAAUGUUUCCGUUGGUACUCUUUUCUGGCAGUGAUUUGCGCAUUGAAUUGCAUGGCGGGGAGUUUUUGGUUCUGCUCGAGGAGGGUUGGAUAAUUUUGAAAGCACACAAUCAUGAAAUAGCCGAGAUGAUUCAGUGUUUGCGUAUUGAGUUGUUUAAAUUGCUUGAGGAGAAAAUAAAGGAUCCCUGUUUGAAUCUAAUGCACCAUGAAAAUGGACAAAAAAUCAUUCAAGCUAUUGUGCACUUAGUAACAAAGUAAUUUUAAAUGACGUUGUGUUCCUUGGCUAUAGUUUUUAGAUGCAUUGUUUGUAUAUAUGUAAUAAAAAUAUUUAGUUAUAUUUUUAAAA